AUUGUUUUUUGAUGGUUUGCUGAGAGGUAGUGUGUCCGUUACAUAAGGAGAUCAAUGAUUAAAUGUUCGGGUUUGGACUGAGUAGAAGCUGAGGAGAUAGCCGGCGAUAAAGCGCAAAAGGGUUGGACGUUGUGUGCAAUUUACUGCCAUGACAAUGAGAUCGAGAUGAACGCACAUUUCAUCCGGUUUUUAGGGACAUGUUUGUUAUAAGACGGUCAUCAUUACUCACACUGGGGUCCCAUGACUGAAUGAUGCUGGAUCUACGCUCAUUGUGGGACACAUUGUGAGCCAGGAUCAACAGAUUUCACAAGCAGCUGGCCCAAACUCAGACUUCAUUGUCACUAGCCAGAGAAAAAAAGGUUUUCCUAGAAACCGGUGAUCCGUCAGAGGGGAGGCAGCUGAUUUCUGUCAUGAUGGAUUUCAGCAGAGGGGGCCUCAGGGGUGUAAAGGUUGGGGAACCUGUCUGCACUGUCCCAAAGGCAAACAAAUUUGCUAGCCUUGAGUAAAGUCCAAUGGGGCUCACAUGUUGGCAGAGCGGCGGGGACAAAAUAAGACAAAACACCCCAGAUUCAGUGCACCAUCUUCAGGCAGAGACUGUGAUAUCAUGGAUCUUCUCCACAGCUGGGGGGUCGAGCUGGCGGUCCAUCUGCAGACCCGAUACAGCGGGUACGAGGGCCUGUUCAGCCUGGCGUCCACAGUGGCCGACCUACACACCACGUUCUUCUUCUUCUUCCCAGUCUGGUUCCACCUGCAGAGGGACACGGGUCUCAGGCUCAUCUGGGUGGCGGUCCUCGGAGACUGGCUCAACCUGGUGCUGAAAUGGGUUCUGUUUGGGGAAAGACCGUACUGGUGGGUUCAUGAGACCCAGUUUUAUGGAGAAGGACCGGCCCCUUCUCUGCAGCAGUUUCCCAUCACAUGUGAGACUGGACCAGGAAGUCCAUCGGGUCACGCUAUGGGUGCCGCAGGCGUCUGGUAUGUGAUGGUAACAGCGCUGCUCUCUAUUGCAACAGAGAAACGAUGUCCCCCUUUAAUAUACAAAUUCUUGCAGGUUGGCCUGUGGAUGCUAAUGGGCCUGGUAGAGCUGGUGGUCUGCAUGUCCAGGGUCUACAUGGCGGCCCACUUCCCACACCAGGUCAUCGCAGGGUUCAUCACAGGUGUACUUGUAGCUGAGGUUGUCUCGAGGGACAAAAGGAUCUACAGAGCUAGCAUGAAGAAAUACUUCUACACCACCCUCUUCCUGACCUCCUUCGCUGUCGGCUUCUACCUCCUGCUCAAAGCCCUGAGCGUAGACCUGCUGUGGACCAUGGAGAAAGCCCAGAAGUGGUGCGUGAAGCCCGAGUGGGUCCACCUGGACACCACGCCCUUCGCCAGCCUCCUGCGCAAUAUGGGCACCUUGUUUGGACUGGGCCUGGGCCUGCACUCGCCGCUCUACACCGAGACCAAGAAGGAGAAAACAAGCAUCAGUUUCAAGACGGGAUGUAUUCUUGUCUCCUUAUUUCUGCUUCAGCUGUUGGAUGGAUGGACAUUUUCAUCUGAAAAUCUUAUGACUUUCUACCUCCUGUCUUUCGGUAAAAGUGCAGUUGCACUUUUGAUCCCAACCGCUCUGGUUCCCUGGGCGCUUUGCUGGAUCUGCAAGGGAAAGCAAGAAAAAAAGAAUUUGUGAUUCAGGUCCAACUUACUGUUUAAAGUCAAUUAUUAGUUUAAUUUUCAACUGGGAUUGUUUCACGUCACGUCUCAUACACAAGGACAGUUAGACUUUCAGGACAAUGUCCCUGUACUGGUCUGGAUAUCAGUUCUUCAAAGGGAUGCGUACUGUCGGUCAACCUUUCGGGAAAUGUGCUCAUUCAG